AUGAAUCUCCCUCUACGCCCUUCCAAGGGCUCUCCGCCCCGACGGGCAGCACUCCACGAGCGAUCCGAUUCCCAUACCAAUGAAAGAGCAUCACCCACACUUCGCAUCAUUGGGGACCCUCAGGCGCAAAUAUAUGCAAGCAGUCCCUUUCCGACCAAGCCUUCCCACAUCCUCUCGCCUAAAGUGUACGACGGACAGGGAUCGACGUUUGCACCUGGAGUCUACGUUCCGAAUGACCGGAAACCUCAAAGAGAAACAAAAGAUAAUGUUGAGGACCCACUGGACACGGCAACAUCAUAUUUACAGCGUCGAAGCGGAAGCGCUGAUACCAAAGAUCCCUUCUAUACUCCCGCGCAGGGGACUACACCAGGGCCCGAUACAAGUACAAGCUUCCUUGCAAUGGAUGAGGGUAUGGACAGUAGUAAUGGUCGAGUGUCCGACGACAUUGUGCAGCUCCCCAGCGUCUCUCCCGCACUCGAGAGCUCCGAAUUGUAUGGGACGGCGAACCUAAUGGAUGCUCCCCGCCAACCUGUUUCAAAGGACUCUGAUGCGUCCCUCUCGUCUUCGAAUUCCACCGGGACUGUCAUUGUGAAAAGGACCCGAGAUGGACCUAGACGUGCCUCUUAUUCCGCGUUCCCGAACACGGCUCGACCAGGUUCCUCGAAAUCUAGUCUAUCUAUAUCAAACCCACAGAAGCCAGUCACCAGGGACACGGGUGGUAGUAGUUCACCAGUUUCUCCGAUAUCACCGAGCUCGCCAGUCUCACCCAAUUACGCAAUGCCUCAUGAACGGCGGAUUUCUUCUGUCCCCUUGUACGCAAAUCUGCAUGCAUCUGGCCAAAACUCGUUGAAUCUCCAAUAUCCUGUCAUAAGGCCACCAUCGGCUUCUGCGUCGUGGGUGGAGCCGCCAAAUUCUACAGCUCGACGACCAUCGCGGACGUUGGAGCGCAACCAAGACCGUUGGAACCCGCAUCUCUCUACUGUCCCAUCCGAAGGGACUGGCUCACAGUCAGAGGGAAGGAGCAGUCAUACACCAUGGAUUCCAGAAUCCUCUCGCGUGAGCAAGUCUUCAUUCACGACUAUGAAUCCUCGAGGAGGCUCAGACAUGCCUCCAUUGCCGAGUCAGCCGUCAGCGCCUCCUUUAGCAAACCCACCUGCUGUUCUCCAAAGAGACGUUACCGGCUCGACUAUUCGCGUGGUGAAGGAUUUACAGGACGACCUGCCGACCCCGCUACCGCCAAUACCAGGAUCAAGGGGCUCGGAGUACUUGGGCGUUGCGUCGGGAGACAAUCGAUACAGCGUAGUUACCAAGCGUGGAUCUAGAGCCACUUUCUUUCGAGAUAGCAUCCCAGCUUGGGCCAAAGCGUACUAUGCCCGGCCCUUAUCUGCUACUUCGACAUCGAAGGAUCGCUCCGACAGACGUCCUUCGACAUCGACAGAGAAUAUUUCGCUAAACAUGUUCCGGCCUCGGACCCGCGCUAAGGAUGCGGAUGAUCAACGACGACGAAGUUCCUUAAUGAUUGGACGGGUACGACACGGAGGACUCGAUCUGGCCGAGGUCAGAGGUCCUUCGCGGCAAAGAUCAUCAUCAAACUGGUCUCCGCAUCUGUGGCAUAACAGAGCUUCUCUUAGCACACGGCGAACCAUAUUCCAGGCCCCAAGUUUGGAUGAACAAGCUGAGGGAAAUGCGCCGAGUAAAAGGACGGCCCAAAUAUUACUCUUUGCCGUUGGCUUUAUCUUUCCGCCAGCAUGGUUCAUAGCAGCCUUCCUACCGCUGCCUCCAAGGCCGGCGGUCAUCAGCGCAAAAGGAAAAGAUGUAACUCGCCAACCCCAGAUGCUUCAAGAUCUUGAGAAGCAGCUGGGAGCUGUUGAUGAGGCGCGGUACGAGAAUGCGAGAUGGUGGCGGAACAUUAAUCGUGUCAUGUCCGGAUUCGGAGUGCUAAUCAUCGUUGCUAUCAUCGCUCUCGUAGCGGUUGCUGCCAAUUAA